UAAUUUCCAAGAAAGAUGGAGAGUUGACGAAUAACUCGGGGAGCAUCGUCAGAAUGCAGAAUGCAGCCUUUUAGGUAGAAAGCAAGGAAGCAGAGCAAAUAUUCUUCAGAUGAGUAAACAUUCGCCACUGAAAAUCCCCAAAAUGAACCCCCCCCCAAAAAAAGCAUUAGAAUAUGACCUGAGCCUCUGGAGGGCAGCCAAUCUCUUUCUUUCCCACUCUUGUCCAAAGAACUGGACCCCGAAGCCAACAGAUUGCACAACUCUGGGUGGAGAGAGUGGGGGCCAGCUGGGACUGCAUGAGAUUUAACUAGGAAGAGCACAAAGCGGUUUGUUAGUUGGGUCUGAGCUGGCAAGAGAGAUGGAACGACUGAAUCCACGCAGCGUUCUGGUGACCGGGUCCAAUCGGGGUCUUGGCUUGGAGCUGGUCAGGCAGCUGGCGAGGAAGAGCAAUCCCCCACAGUGGAUCUUUGCCACUUGCCGGGACCCAGCUGGACCCCGUGCCCAGGACCUGAAGAAUUUGGCUGCCGAACACCAGCAAAUUGUGAUAAUUCCACUGGACACUUGUGAUCCAUCCAGUGUUAAGGCUGCUGCAGCUAAAGUUACAGGACAUCUAAAAGGGGCUGGGUUGAACCUGCUGAUUAACAAUGCAGGGAUUUUAAAACUGAGUACUGUAGAGACGGAAACGCCAGAGAACAUGUCUGAGGUGUACAAAACCAACGUCAUUGGACCCAUGAUAGUCAGUCAGGCAUUCCUUCCCUUGCUGAGGAAAGCGUCUCAAGAAAGUUCUCAGAAAGGCAUGGGCUGCAGCAAAGCUGCCAUCAUCAACAUAACUAGCGAGUGUGGCUCCAUCACAAACCUGUUUGCCUGGAAUCUUAAUGGGUUGAUCUCUUAUCGUUGCAGCAAGUCUGCUCUGAAUAUGCUCACUAAAUGCCAGUCCCUGCAUCUUGCCAAAGAUGAGAUCUUGUGCAUUACAUUGCAUCCUGGGUGGGUGCAGACCGAUAUGGGAAAUGAACUGGGAUUGCCCCCGCUGACAAUCGAGCAGAGUUUGCAAGGUGUUCUGCACACACUUGCCGGUCUCUCCGAGAAAGAUCACGGCACAUUUGUUAACUGGGAAGGGAAUCACCUUCCUUGGUGAGACAACCAAGAGUCUGCUUCUCUGCACUGCAGGACAACGUUCUCAUCAAAGGCAAUGCAGUUUUCUAUCUCCAGUGCUAAAUGUGUCCUGCUCUGGUGCACGUGCUCCAAAUCUCACUUGUUUUAGCUGCUCUAUCUGAUGCCUAUAAAAUGUGGCUCAGCCAGGCUCUUUCAGCAUCCAUUUCUUCCUAUGCUGUCUCGCAAGCGGAAGAGAUCCCCCCCCCCGCCGCCAGAUUUCUAGCACCUAAACUAUAGUGAUGGGAGACUCCUGUGACUCAAUUUCCAAAGGGAGGGAUGUUUUGGAAAGGGUACCCAUGCCAGAAUGAAGUCCUAGAGCAGAGAGACAGACCAGAAAAAAGGAAAUGGUUGGAGUGAGCUAGCUGUCAACCCUGGGAUGGGUUGAAAUCUGGUCUGUGCAAAUGCUAUCUUUGCUGUUAUGUUGGUCUGCUCUGUCGAAUGAAAAAGCAAACGCUUUGUUCCAAAAGUCCUAUAAAAACACAGCCUUUUUUGUAUCAGUUUUGAAUGCAAUAGAAUAUACCUUUAACAAUUAGUUCCUUAAAGGCUUUUUCUUUUGGUACAGAAAUGCCAUCUGAUACUCUACUGACAAAUGUAUCUAAUCGAUUCUUUUUCUUUCUGCAAAAAACGCUUUAUCUUAGAGCAGCUAUGGCCGAACACAAAUAUUUUUGCAUCUAACUUUCUUAAAAUAUACUAUUUUUUCUUUUAAAAAUUCAAAGUGCAUUUUUAUGUUAUCCCAUGAAAAAGGGGAAAAAAAUCAAAACCCUUGUUUGGGUAAUUUAUUGAAUAGAUCCAAGCAAAAUGACACCUGAACCUGAAUGAGGUGUUGAGUUUUCCAGAACUCCUCACUUAACAAUACACUAAGAUACACAGCUUUGUGAGUGAAAAAUAAUGGGCAGCAACAAAAUCUAUUUACAGUUGUCAUCUGGAAUAUUUUAUACUUUCAGGAUAUUGUUCUAUUUUGUUAAGAUUAUACUGCAUGAAUUAAAAUAAAAAAUGUUUAAAAAUCUCUCUUUUAUUAAUGAUAAAUUGUCAACUCAUUAAGAAUCAUUGGCCAAGGAAGGAAGCAACUAGUAGUGGCUUUAAAGGUUUUGAAAUGCUGGGCAAGGGGGGCGGGCAUGAAAGGAGAUUUAUAUCGUAUGAGCAAUUUAUGAGUUCUGAUUAAUCUGAUUCUUUUCUAAAUCCAUCACAUAAAUGAAAGGAAACAAUAAAAUGUUCUCUUCUUGAUCACGUGUCUUUACGAUGAAGACUUCAACCUGUCUUCGUAUAUCUUUAUCUGAUGUCAUUAGAGAACCCAAAACAGUAAUUGAGAUUACUGAAAUGAAAUGUUUUGAUACUUUUUGGAUAAAAAGUCCUCAUUUUCAUCAGUAUAAUCUAACUCUUUUCAACUAUAUUUUUAUUUGAGAUCAAAGCAAAUCCAACUAAGAUUCUUGUGAUAUGGGAGAGCAUAGAUGACUUUUUAUAAUUUUCAGUUUUGAAAAUGACAUCUGAUCACCCACCAGGGUACAGUGAGAAGACUGUGAAGUAUACAGUACAUUUCUACCAGAUUAGAUAUAAAUAUUGAAUGUUACACUUCAACUGAAUGUAUGCCAAAAAUCUGUGCAUUUUUAUGACAUAAUUGAAAUAA